CGCGCGCUCGCAUCCCCAAGAUGGCGGCCGCUAAGGACAGUUGUGGCAAAGGAGAAAUGGCCACAGGGAAUGGGCGGCGGCUCCACCUGGGGAUUCCUGAGGCCGUGUUUGUGGAAGAUGUAGAUUCCUUCAUGAAACAGCCUGGGAAUGAGACUGCAGAUACAGUAUUAAAGAAGCUGGAUGAACAGUACCAGAAGUAUAAGUUUAUGGAACUCAACCUUGCUCAAAAGAAAAGAAGGCUAAAAGGUCAGAUUCCUGAAAUUAAACAGACUUUGGAAAUUCUAAAAUACAUGCAGAAGAAAAAAGAGUCCACCAACUCAAUGGAGACCAGAUUCUUACUGGCAGAUAACUUGUAUUGCAAAGCUUCAGUUCCUCCUACUGAUAAAGUGUGUCUGUGGUUGGGGGCUAAUGUAAUGCUUGAAUAUGAUAUUGAUGAAGCUCAGGCAUUGUUGGAAAAGAAUUUAUCGACUGCCACAAAGAAUCUUGAUUCCCUUGAGGAAGACCUUGACUUUCUUCGAGAUCAAUUUACUACCACAGAAGUCAAUAUGGCCAGGGUUUAUAAUUGGGAUGUAAAAAGAAGAAACAAGGAUGAUUCGACCAAGAAUAAAGCAUAAUGCUGGCAAUUAAAAAUGUGGUUCAGUUUUCCAACAUGUUAUCUUAAAUACCCCUUUAUCCUUACAGGUUGACAUAACUUUGAAUGUUUUAACACCAAGAAUUUUAAGAAAAGAUAAACACCAUUUUAUUUAUUUAUAAAAACAAAAUUAGUUUCAAAUAUUUUUGACAUUGUGGUUUUUUUUUCACAUUUCUCAGCAAAGCUAAUGGUAUUUUAAUCAUUAUUUUUGCCUGUCAUAAGAAAACUCUUAGCUGAAAAGGCCGAAAACUGUGAGACGUGCUAUGGAAGCUGAAUGUCGGACACUAGCAGUUUACUAUUUCCCUUUCUAAUUGGCUCAUGUUACUCUCACUUGAUGUGGUUAAACCAUUUUAGAG